AUGGAAGCUCCCGAAAAACUAGAUCCCUCGUGCCACAUUGAGCUGUCGACAGCCGGGCUACAGGGAGUCGAUGCUGAGCGACAGGCCAUGUCGGUCGAGUUUGCCUCGCGCGAUGCCGACUGGCACAAUGCGAACACGAAGAAACUACUACGGAAGAUUGAUUUGCAUCUGCUACCGUGGGUUGUGCUGAUGUAUUUGACGAAUUUCCUGGAUAGAAAUGCACUUGCACAGGCGAGGCUGGGAACUUUGGAGCAGGAUUUGGGCUUGAAGGGAACGGAGUAUAACACAAUUACAUCGAUUUUAUUCAUUGGCUACAUUCUACUUCAACUUCCUUCAAAUCUCCUCCUGACCCGCGUGCGACCCUCCUUGUAUCUGUGCGGAACCAUGGCUGUGUGGGGUAUGAUCUCGGCAUUGCAAUCAACGACUCAAAGCUUCGUCGGAGAGCUCAUCUGCCGACUAUUUCUCGGUGCAGCCGAAGCACCAUUCUUCUCAGGAUGCAUCUUCUUGAUGUCGUCCUGGUACCGAGCCCACGAGCUGGCUCAUAGAAUCGGCUUGUUGUACGCCGGUGUGGCCCUGGCCAAUAUGUUCGGCGGUCUCAUUGCUGCUGGCGUCCUUUCAGACAUGGAUGGCGCCCGAGGAUUAGCUGCCUGGCGAUGGCUUUUUAUCAUCGAAGGUUCCGCCACCACAGCAAUUGCAGCGGUCGCAGUGUGGAUCAUGCCGAACUAUCCAAGCACCACGCGUUGGCUGUCGCUAGAACAGCGCCACUAUGCCGAAUGGAGACUUGCGCAAGAUGCCGCUGGCGAAGUCGAUGAUCGAUAUGCAAUCAGUCCGAUAAAAGCGGUCAAGAUGGCGUUCAAGGACUGGCGGCUGUAUAUGUUUAUGAUUAUGCAUCAUUUAAAUCUGCUGGCGCAGUCUUUUACCUACUUCUUCCCCACCAUCGUCCAGUCUCUUGGGUUUCCCAAUAUCACCACCCUCUUACUCACCGUCCCUGUCUGGUUUGCAACUUUCCUCGUUGUCUUGAUUGUGUCAUACCACUCUUCGCGCACCAAUGAGCGUAGCAUGCAUAUUGCUGCGUGCAUGAUCGUGGGCGCAAUUGGUAAUAUCAUUGUCAUUUCAACCGGAAACACAGGUGCGCGCAUGUUCGCCAUGUAUCUGAUUCCCAUUGGCGUUCUACCCCCUUUCCAGAUUAUCCUUGCCUGGAUCACGUCCAGCUUUUCGCGUCCACUGGCAAAACGGUCCGUUGUAGUGGCUAUAUGUGGCAUGUUUGGAAAUUCGGCGAGUAUCUAUGGCUCGUAUCUCUAUCCAAGCUCGCAAGGGCCGAGGUACGUGCCGGCCGGAAUUACGCUGGCGUGCGUUUGUACUGCGUGUGCUGGGAUGGCGAUCAUUAUUCGGUUUGUGCUAAAGGCAGAGAAUCGCAAGUUGGAUGAAGAAGACGAGAGGAACGGUGUAGUUGUGAAGGGCUUCAGAUACAUUCUGUGA